AUGAUUUCUAACAGCAAACAACCUUCUUCAAAGCAAGCCAUGAAAACAGAAGCUCAAUCCAUAGUCACUCGACAACCUGCUCCCCCACAGCGAAUGGUUGUGUUAGUCUUGGUAGCGGCAAUGAUAGUGGUCAAACUUGCGGCAGUUGUGAAUGCAAUGAUUGCAGCCGCGAUUGCUAGUCGUCGACGAUGGAAUUGA